AUGAAAUUGAACAGAAAAUGUUCAUGUGCAUUCUGUGCGGGGACAUUAAACACUCUUAGAGCGGGUUUAUUGGUUAUCGAUCGAUACAACAAUAUACAAUUGAUUCAAAGACAUUAUCCGUAUUCAAGUAAUACUAAAUACAAAAAACCUAAUGAAUACAACGAAACACUCGAAGCCGACGACAACGAGGCCUACGACGAAUGCACAGACGCAGUCUCUAAACCCAAUGAUCACGAUGACACUGAUGAUAUGAGUUUAAACUCGUCGCCGCCGCCGCCGAGAUCAUCAUCAGCGUCGUCGUCGUCAUGUUUCGAAUCAUGGAGAGCUCCUCGAAAUUCAUUGCAUCAAACCAACGAUGAUACCAUGUCGACGCACUUGCCUAUGUCGCCGCACGUUAAUAAGUUUGUUAGAGUCCGGCUCCCGUCAAUUUGUCAAUAUAAA